AUGACCGACCCGGAAGACCCAGAUGAUGCGGUUGUGGUAGUGGGGGAAGACACAGCCGAGAGGCUGGUUCUGGGCCUGUCGCUCAACGGCGUCCGGCCGCUUUGCAAGGUUUCGGGUGGUUGUGGGUUGAAUUUGACAGAUGAAUCCACUGCUCUGGUGACCUCCGUGGCUCCUCGCAACGGCUCCUAUGCCGACAAUGUGGUGGUAACCAUCACCAUGACCAGCUCGCAGAUGCCUAGUAGCUUGCAGGUGUUUUUUGGGGAGCAUGAGUGCCCAAACCCCAGCAUUACUGCUGGGACAACGGGGGCAAACAGCUGGGUGGUGACCGUGCCUCUCUGCCCUUUCGAAGCUUCGGAUGUUCCCGUGUAUGUCUUGACGGGUGCCGGCUACGCUGUGGGUGCCUCGCCUCAUACAGGUUCAACUUUCCACUUCCAGCAGCUCCUCCAGCUUUUCGCCAUCAUGCCAGUCAACGGAUCCUUCUUUGGUGGCACAGUAGCUAACAUUAGCGGUGCUGGCUUCGGGCCAACGCCAGCAACAAACCAGGUCACUUUUGGCAAGAGGCCAUGCGAAAUUUUUGAAGCUUCGCACCAUCACGUACUCUGCUACGUGCCAGCUGCGCCAUUUGAACUCAUGAAUGCUGAUGAUGCUGCAAGGACGCAGGCCGUGGAACUGCACGUAGUCACACCGUCGCAGCCGCGGAAUGCAGGACUGUGGGGAGAGUACUUCUUUUUCACUCAGGGCAGCACGCUGCCGAACUUGGACGACCGCACUCCAGAUCUGCAGCGCGUGGACAUGACGGUCAACUUCCCCAACACCAACGACAAGUGGGAUGAAGGCCUCCAGUCUCGCUAUCAAUAUGCCGCAAGGUGGACUGGUUACAUCAGCAUUCAGUUCACUGGCUUCUACACCUUCUUCCUGGGGUCUGAUGAUGGCAGUCAACUUUAUCUGGAUGGCGCCUUGGUUCUGGAUAACGAUGGCCUCCAUGGGUUCCGGGAGCGUAGCACCACGGAGAUGGUUCUUCAGGGAGGCAGUAUCCAUGCCCUGACGAUACUCUUCUUCCAGGGUGGAGGAAACAGCGGCUGCGUGUUCCAGUACCAAGGCUCUGACACAGGUGGUCAGAAGAUCGUCGUGCCCACGGCGGUGCUCACUCAUGCAAGGUACCGGGACGCGCCAGUGCUCUCCUACCUUUACGAUCGCCCGAUCACUGCACCCACAAUUGAGAACCUCACAGAGUCCUCUUCUCAGCUCACUCUGGAAGGCUACAACUUCGGUCCAUCUGGGAGGGUUGCCAUCGGGACGGCAAGCAAUCCCACUACGAACUUCCAGUGUGUGCCAACAAGCUGGACUGAAGGAAGGGUUAUCUGCGAUCGUCAGGACCUGCCAUCUGGAUCCUGGCAGGUUCGAUUGUACUCUGACACGGAAGGCUGGUCCAACCCUGCGCCCUACCAGCUCUGGGUACCAUUGAACGUAUCAUCUGUUGAGGCAAAUGACAAUACUGUGGCCACAGAUGCCCCAGAAGAGCCCUGGGUACUUGUGAUGAAGCUGUCCGAUGGGGGAAUCCUGGGAUAUGACUCUGAGCUUUGGGGCAACGUGGAGCUCCUGAAUCCAGAUUCACCCGAAGGAGAGCCAAUGAAUGCCAAGUACCAGGCCUUCUUGGAUGUCCCCUUCACUCGGCUGAGGGCCUGCGUCGGCACAGCACAUGGCCAGUGUGUACACCACAAGUUCACUACACCCUGGUCUAGCGCUUUGGAGCUCUUCUCUGCAGGGUACAUCCGUGACCCUACCGUGGACCAAGCCGGUAUGAUUCAAGCCAUGGGUGCAAGGCCUGGCAGUUACAGGACCUGCCCCAUGCUUCUUCCCGGCUUUAAUGUCAUCUGUCCAGGAAACAAUAAGGCACGCUGGGGUUUCUGCGCGAACUGCCCCUCCAAAACCUGCAGAGAUGAGUCGGAAGCAGAUGCUGCAAUCGGAAUUGGCCUCCGUGGAGAGGGCUCUUCUGCAGUUGGCGCUGGGUGGACUGACUAUUUUGCUCCUGGAGCUGGAACGUGCUCAGCGAUCAGCGAGACACAUCGCAAUGUGUGGCUGUGGGUCGCAAAUGAGACUGCCCCAGCUCCCGCAGGAGUGCUGCACAGCGGUUUUGGCGGUGGUGUGAACCUGACAAUCCGUGGGAGUGGACUUGGCUUUGCUGCUGCUCAAACCAAGAUGUCGGUCUGUGGUGAAGACUGUCCUGUGAUCACCAGCGAUGGCACCUCUGCAACUUGCACUGUGCCUGCUAUGACGAAUCUUGAUCUGGUAGAUGCACAGCCAGAUGCCUUCCCGACGGUGGACUUGGCACCGUUUGCCGCUAAGUUUUAUACUGACAGGGGUGAGGCGGAGUCUUCGUAUUCCCGCCUAGCCUUCACAUCCACUGUAGACCGACAGGUAGAUCUGCCCAACACCCGCAGCGACUGUUGGUUUGCUUUCGAGUUGCCACCGAGCAAAGAAGCCAUCGUCACAGCUGUUGACUUCUUCCCUCCAACCGACCCAUACCGGAGGCAGAAGGUAACUGAGACGGUGUUUGAGGUCCGAAGCUUUUCAGGAAACAUCUCCUGGGAGGAGAUAGGAAGUGUUCGAGGCACGAUUCAGACAGGGCUGUCCAUUGCACAGGGCUGGACUUCCUAUCUAGUGAAUGGCUCUGGACCUGAUGGUGCUGCAAUGGGCCAGGCCUUCCGAGUGCGCAUCCUUCCUGAUGCCUGCAGCUCCUUCGGUGAGUUGAUGAGGGGCGUACGCUUCCGGGGAAUUGUCCUGAACACCGGGAAUGCAAGCGCUUGCCCCAUUGAGGUGGAGCACGUUUCGCAUCCCUUGGCUUCGGCUACAGGGGGAUCUGCAUGGCUUCCGGCACAGAUGUCCUACAGUUUGGAGAGAACACCCAUUGCAUCGGCUCUAACUCCGCAGCGUGGCACAGCUCGAGGAGACACUCUGGUGACUGUGCUGGGUCAAGGGCUUGAGCCUUUGGAUGCAUCUGGGGCACCUGUGUCAGUGACAUCGGCCAAUGCGCAGAUCAUGUUGAACACCUACCCAUGCGUUCCGGUGGAGAGCAACGCGACUGCGCUCAGCUGCCGCACGUCAGAGCGAAACAACGGCAUCCAGCCUCCCUCGACAGUGCUGUGGUUGGCUGGAAGAGGAUAUGCCAUCAUCUCCGAACGCUCGGAGGACACCAUCUUCAGGUAUGUGGAUAGGUGGAGCAACGUUUUCAGCUGGCUCGAGUCGGAGCCACCCGUUGACGGCGAUAGUGUCAUUGUGCCUGAAGGCCAAGCCAUCAUGCUCGACCAGGAUUCGCCACAGCUGUUCCUCCUGCUCAUUAGUGGAUACUUCGAGUUCGACAGAAAGGAUCUCAAGCUAGAUGCAACCUACGUUUGGAUCUCCGGGGGCACCUUCUGGGUGGGCAGUGAAGAAGCACCAUUCCUUCACCAGGCAACCAUUACUCUUCAUGGAGACCGCUGGCAUACCAUUGAGCUUCCUGUCAUCGGCUCGAAGAUGUUAACAGUCACAAACCUUGGAGGAUUCGGGACGUGUGCUGCCAACCAUCAGAUGACUGUUCGGCUCUCUUCACGGGGAAAGCACUAUGUGGAUCCCUGCCCUGUGAAGCUGCAGGGAAG